CCGCUACCGUCGAGUUCAGCCGCCCAAGCUGCCUACUACAACAUUACGCCUUUGGAUGCAACGUAUCCCGUCCCAGCGGCGUUCCUCACCCCCGGUCUUCUAACCUUUGGGGGGUCGCCACUCUGCGCCGACUUUUCGACACCGCAGUCGCUUCAAGCCGGGCUACGCCAACUCAUCUCGUAUGGAGGUAUUUGCAUGUCCGCGUCCGGCGUCAUCACCCGCAUCACGCCGUCGCGGCAGCAGUACAUCUUUGGCGCCGUCUUGGCUCGCCUUUCGCUCCACGACGACGACUAUAGCAGCGUGUGCCGCCACGAGCCGACGUUUGCAACGCAGUGCAGCGUCUACCUGCCAACGACGCUCUGGUACAUUGACCAGUUCAUGCAGCUGCCGCCAACGAUCGCGCGAGAGGCUGUGCAAAUGCAGUCGCGCGUGCAAGCCAUGGACAUCUCGUUUCUCAAUUUCAUCAAAACGAGCGCGAUAGCGCCCUUGACGCUGCAGCGCGUCAACCUUCUCGACGCCACCGAAUCGGACUUUGGCUUUUUCGCUUGGCUCUUUCUCUACGACUGGGUGCUCGGAGUCCGCGAAGUCGUCUCUUUUCAAGGUGACAACGGGGUGCUGACGCUGCUCACCGACUCGCAGUCGCCGCUGUCCCAAGCCACACAGGCGUGGGAAGUCCCCGGCAACAUUGCCCAGUAUUUACACUCUGGCGUCUUGUACGUCACGGGUGUCAUGAUCGCGGUCGCAUCGCUCGCGUUUGUUUACAUUCUUGUCCUGCGAGGUCACUUUGAGGGCUGGAACAUGCUCGAACUCGGCCGCGUCGGCGGCAUUGUCUGGGUCGGCCGGCCGUUCUUGCUGCUUCGGAGUGUGACCGCCAUGGUCGUCCUCUCGACGGCGACCUUGCAGUUGCAGUACUCGGGCUAUAUAAGUUACUUUACGACCAUCCAAGAUCCGUGGUACAAGACAGUAUUGGCGGCGAAUGAAGUCACGUGGCUGAUUACGAUCGUCAACGAUGUCCUCUUGGUCAUUACGGGCGAGUAUGCCUACUACUACGUCUCGCUCAACAGCUACCUCGUGUGGGCAGUCGUCGCUCUUUUGACGCUUCUCUCACCUGUGACACCGACGACGUCCCUUGCGCUGACAUGCCGUCUCACGCACGUCGACUUGGACGCCGCGUGUACAGUAGGCGUGAUUGACAUUGGCAGCUUGCGCCGGAUGCUGCUGCUUGUGGCGACUGUCCUUGUUUCGCACAUCGCUUGCUACGGCUUGGUCAAACUCCUUUUCCGAGCGUCGUCGGCGGCGCAGGCGCCGUCGCUCUUCCUCUCGUCGGGCGCCAAGUAUCAAUUUACCCACGAGCCGUGGAGGUACAAUAAUGUCUACUACGUCGACCGCGCGUCCGCAGCGCUCGAUGGACUACUGACACUGCGUUGGAACACGAGCUUGGUCGUCCUCGACGUCAAAAUUUGGCGCGCGUUUGCGAUUCCGAUGAGCGCGACUAUGGACGCGCCCGAUGCCCUCGCGGCCGCCUUACCCCUUCUCGAUUAGACAUUUUUUUUAAUGUUAAAAUGCAGAACUUCCAAACGUCAAG